AUGUCAGGCCAUGGAGGUCAGCUGAUGUCUCUGCACUCAAAGAGUUUGUUUGGAUGCAUUUCACAGACUCUGAUCUUUGGCUUGAUGCUUCUUGUCUUUUACACCAUGCUCUCCCCACACAUUCGAGCCUCUGAAGUGAGCUGCAGGUCAAAGAACAUGUCUGCUGAGUAUUCACACUGUGGGAUUCAGCCAGAUGGAGUCCAUGAUUUAGUCUGUUUUGGUAAACCCAAACAACGUGGGAAAUACUGUACUUGGAAACCUGGAAAAUACACAUCCAAAAACACAUACACGCUCAUCACACGCCAGAUUACAAGAAACUCCUGCUACAUUUUCAAUAAUAUCACUAAAUUCAAUGAAAUUAUCAACAAAGUGUUCGAGUUACACAACAUGACAGUGGAGGUUUUAGAAAAUGCGCACAAACAAAAUUGCACCAAAGCAGUUUUCAAAGGUUCACCAAAGCACCUGACACGCUGUGACCCUCCCAGCUUCGUGUCCUUCAGUCGCCUUGCAGGACGUCUGAACAUGAAUGUGAGAUGGAGUCAAGCUGAAGAAAAGUUUAUCAAUUACUUUUUUGCAAGAUUUAAAGAAGUGGGCAGUUCUUCAUGGAACAAGCCAUCUGUCCAAUCUGAAAAUAAAACCCAAGUCAGAGUGGAAAAUCUAAACUCCUCACUAAUGUACGUCGCACAGAUUCAAUGUGCCACUAAUGACAAGUGUCCACAGUGUCCAUGGAGUGAAGAUCACAUUGUCCAAUCAGAACUCACAACACAACCCGUCAUCACUGGUUCUGAAGAAACUGUGGACAAUCCAGGUCGCCGCUGGAUUUCUGUAACCUGGAAGUUUCCUGCAGAGGAGCAGCAUGACGGCUACAAAGUAACCAUUUGCAAGGCAUCAGGAGAGGCUCCACAACAGCAGAAGAAAACUCUCAAACCUCAGAUCAGACUGCUCCUGUCUUAUUCAGCUUAUCUGCUCAACAUCAGCGCUUUCAACAACGCCAGCAUCUCCCCACCUGCGAGCCUCCUGAUUCCACAGCAAGAACAUGUGACAAAUGAGGGAGACGACAGUCUGAAUGUGAACGUCCACAGCAGCACGUCGCUGACAGUUUCUUGGAAACAUGAUCUCAUCAAACAGUUUGUGUGUUAUUCAGUGGAGUGGAGGAAAAAGGGGCAUUCUGCGCGCUACAAGUCCUUUUAUGAGAAUAGCAACAACUUCAGGAACUUAUCUCAUCUACCAGAACCUUUGGAGCCUUACGUGUGUUACAGAUUGACACUAAAUAUAAGGCCGUACAAGGACACGUGCAACAUAAAACUUAUCAACAACAGCGAGGGUACCUAUGGGACCACACAGUUUUAUUUCAGACAAGGAACUCCGGUCAGCGCUCCUACAAACAUCAGCUUCUCCAACAAGACACUGAGUUCAGUGGUGCUGCAGUGGUCAGCCGUCCCAGAAGAAGAUGUCCGAGGGUUCCUGCUGGGUUACAUCAUCAUCUGGGCCGAGUAUCACAAUCAGGCCACAGUGAACAAUAUAACAUUGGAUCAGGAGUCUAAGACCUAUGAACUGACAAACCUGAAAAGUGAUACUGCAUACCAGGUCUAUAUAUCUGCCUUCACCGCUGCAGGAGAAGGAGUACGAAGUGCUGCAAGCUUCUUUAAAACACACCAUGACGGAAAUACUUAUUUGAUUGGUAUAUUUGGAGUUAUUGCAGUUGUGGGCACUUUGCUGGCAUUUUGGUCUUUGAUAUUAAAGAGGCUAAAGGCCAUCAUGUUGCCCAGCAUACCCAACCCUGGAAACAGCAGCGCAGUGAAGAAAAUAGACCGGCCAGGUCAGCUGGAACUCCUUGAGGCCAUAGCAACUCUACAGGUGGAAGAAUGGGUCACAAAAAGCCUUCAGAUACUUGAGAGGGAAGAUGUGAACCCUGCUGGGAUAUUACCAUCAAAGUUACCACUUCUCAGGACCUCAGAAAACCAGGAGGAUUUUCCAGAAAUUACUUGCAACUGGACCCAGAUGGACACAGAAAGCACAGCUGGAGACAACCCACCUGAUGAUACAGCUGAUACAUUAUUGAACAUGCAACAGUCGAACAUUCAAAGCUCACCUUUAACCUUUGCAGGAGACUAUACAACAAUGGAAAUGUUCCAGCAGCUGAUCUGUCAGGACACGGAGAUGGAUGCCACAGUUACUGCAAUCAUUGAAAAGGAUAUGGACAACAUAAUACUAAAAGCUUUGAGAUCAGAUUACGUAAGACAAUUCAGCACCAGUUCACCAUCAGACAGUGAUCAUAUGUCAACUAUUUUAUGA